AUGGCUGAUUAUCAAAUGACCGUGUCCACUUCCUAUCUGGAUGAUGCCGGCACUUGUGACCAUAUCUUCAUUAAGCUGGUGGGAAAGGAUGGUGAGAGCGCACACACGAGGCUCAUGGACUCCAAGGGAGAGUCAUCCUUCAUCAGAGGAACAGUGUCUACUUUUACCGUGUCCUGCCCUGUCUCCAUUGGAAAGCUGGUCAUGAUAAAGCUGGACAAACAGCCUUCCCAAAAUCCGGACAAAUGGUUUCCCACCAAGGUGGAAGUGAAAUCCCCUGAGGGAGACACCUUCAAGUUUCUCAUCUGCCGAUGGAUCACUGACAGCAAGGUGCACUACUUCAGAGAGGGAAUAGGUUUGUGGAAAUGUGAGGAUGGUGGAGUGACGACAAGAAAAUCGUCGAGAAGAUGGAGAAUGAAGCAGCGAGAGAAAGACUAUCGCUGGCAUGAGCAUAUAAAGGGAAUACCCCACUGCAUGAAGGCAGAAGACCUCUCUGAUCUGCCUUCUGAGGUCCAGUUCUCCUUCAUCAAGAAGGCAGAGUUUAAGCUCACUGCAGCUGUUGGGCUGGCUGAGCUGUACCUGAAAGGUCUGGCUGAUUCCAGGGAGAACUGGACUUGUAUUGAUGACAUCAAAGGGGUGUUCUGGUGCAAACGGACUGACAUAUCAGACUUUGUCCAGGAACACUGGAAGGAGGAUGCUCUUUUUGCCUACCAGUUUCUAAAUGGCGUCAACCCCAUGUUGAUCCGACGCUGUUCAGCUCUGCCUAAAAACUUUCCUGUCACUGACGACAUGGUCUUCCCCAGUGGUCAGUUGAGCUUGGAAAAUGAAAUGGAGAAUGGCAACAUAUUCCUGUGUGACUACAAGCGUUUGGAUGGACUGAAAGCAAACAACAUCCAUGAAAAGAAACAGUACUUGAUGGCUCCCCUCGUCCUGCUCCACAAAACACCUGAUAACAAGCUGAUGCCAGUUGCUAUUCAGCUGAAGCAGACUCCAGCAGAAGACAACCCCAUCUUCCUCCCUACUGAUUCUGAGUACGACUGGUUGACGGCCAAGAUUUUUGUGAGAAGUGCAGAUUUCAACGAGCACGAACUCAAUGUCCACCUGCUGCGCACUCAUCUGCUGGCUGAAGUGUUUGCAGUGUCACUGCUGCGCAGUGUGCCCAGGACACAUUCACUGUACAAGGUCCUUGUACCUCACACUCGAUACACUCUGCAUAUCAACUUCUUGGCGAGAGCUAAACUAAUUUCUAAAACUGGAGUUUUCACAAAGUUUGCAGCCUCUGGUGGAGAGGGUAUGGUGACACUCCUGAAGAGAUCACUGUCCUCAGUGACCUACACCUCCCUCUGCAUACCAGAGGACAUCACUGAGCGUGGGCUGGAGGAUGUGCCGAACUUCUACUACAGGGAUGAUGGACUCAAGCUUUGGGAUAUCAUCCACAGGUUUGUGCAGGGAGUGCUCGGCUUCUACUACAAGCAUGAUGAUGAGGUCCAGGAAGACGACGAACUACAGAGGUGGAUUGGGGACAUUUUUGAACACGGAUUCCUUUCCCAAGAAGGCACAGGAAUUCCACAGAGCUUUACCACCGUGGCAGAGUUGGUCAAGUUUGUCACCAUGGUGAUCUUCACUUGCUCAGCACAACACUCUGCUGUGAACACUGGACAGGUGAAGCCUUUUAAUUUACCGGGAUGA